AUGGGUAAAGGUGCUCUUAAAUUCGGAGGAAAAUCUGGUGUCUUACCAGUUGUGCGCCAGAUCUUCAAACAACCUAUCAAACCAGUGGAGAGAAAAAUCGAUCCAAAUGUUGGUUAUGCUGAAAAUGUGUUACAACCUAAAGGAACAAGUCGUGAACAAAAAUUACCACCUGUUUAUACUGUGAAUGAUCGUAUCGCCAAUACUGUUAAAUUGCCAAAGAAGGAAUUAGCAACUGGUGAACUAGAAAGUUUGAACGCUAAACAAAGAGAAAAAAUUGAGAAAUCACAACUUCGUCGUCGUUAUUUCAUUGAAUCUUUGACUAAAGAAGAACAAAAACUAGAGACUGAUAAAAUAAAAGAAGAAAGAAUAAAAGCACUCAAGGAGGCUAAAGAAAAAGCAAAUAUUGUUGAAGAAACUCCAGCUGCUAAAUUAACACUGCCAACUAUUGCCAAAUAUUUAGAUGGGCCAUUAAUGAGAAAUAGAACACCAGAAGAAAAAGACUUGUUAAAUGCUAAAAGAAAAGCAAACAGAUUAAACCGUGAAUACAAUACAAAAUUAAAUGCUGCUUCUAAUCUUUUGAAACUUUAUUACAGUGCUGAAAACUUCAUCACCACUGAAACUGAUUUGAAAAAAGCAGUUGAAGAUGCCUUCAAACCAGGAAAUGAAAUCAUUGCAUUGAUCAACCCAGAACAAAAAACUCACAAUUACAACGAUAAAAUUGGUGAUGCCUUAUUUGGUACUAUGAAUGCAAGACCUGGGUUACCUCGUAUUAUUGAGCAUAUGAGUGGAGAACACGCUGAGUUCCAUAAGAAAGUGCAAGAAGCUGAUAGAUUGAGAAAGGAGCAACAAAGAGAUGAACAAUUGUCAAAUUAA